CUUGUUGCUCCCCAGCUAUUGUCGUAACUAGCUAUGGGGCUGGAUUGACAAGGUUUGAAGAAGAAGUUUCCGCCUUUUAAUGCGCUGUCACUAUAUACAUAAAGUUCAUUCGUUCCGCCGGCCGCAUGCGACAACUGCGACAACUGCGACAACUCUGGAACCUGCCACAUCCUCAAUAACACAUCGUCGGUUCAUCUCAAGCAAGACAUACAGCAACCUCUUAGUCUCAUGGAGUCAUGGCUAUCCUGGACUAGCCUCUUCCUGGCUAUCGGCUUUACUGCCAUAGCCUGCAUAUUCACGCUCAUUGUCCUCAUCUACGCUCUCGCCAAAUCACAAAACAGCCAAGUCCCCAAAUGGCGCCCACGAAACUUCCCGGUUCAUCUCCUAGUCGUCCUCGGUAGCGGCGGCCACACAGCCGAGAUGUUCUCUAUGCUCCGGCGCAUGAACCUAGAUCCGUCCAAAUACACCCAUCGAACCUACAUCGUUAGCUCCGGGGACAAUUUCAGCGCAACCAAAGCCAUCGAGUUCGAAACAACCCAUAUAAGCCAUCAUGUCAAUUUCAAUGCCAAAACCGCAUCACCAGACCCCUCCUACACCAUCGUCACGGUACCCCGCGCCCGUCGCGUACACCAAUCCUACCUUACUGCGCCUUUCUCCACACUGAACUCCUUCUGGUCCUGUCUCUCGGUCUUGCGUGGUCUUCAUCCGGACCAGAGCCGGCAUUCUCGCCCAGCUUCGCAUCUAUCCCCUCCAUACCCGGACCUCAUUCUCACCAAUGGCCCUGCCACCGCGGUCUGCGUCGUCGUUGCCGCCCGGCUACUUCGUCUAUGGCUGUUCUUGUGCGGGCUCUUUUCUCCUUCUGCACCCGGAAGAAGAACAUCAGAAAGUGGCUCUGCAACCGUGCCAGUGCCGGGUACCUACCAGCUGCGCACAAUCUUCGUAGAAUCGUGGGCUCGCGUGACUACAUUGAGCCUGUCGGGGAAGCUCCUGUUGCCUCUGGCAGAUCGAUUUCUAGUCCAGUGGCCUGCAUUAGCAGGGAAGAAGGCGUGGCCGGGAAUGAAGGAGACAGAAUACGUUGGUACACUUAUGGAUUGAGUGUCCGGUGUUGUACCUCCGGUUCCACAAGCCUUCAGAACUUCGAUUGCUUUCCGGUGUCUUGCGAUUUGAUCUUAGCCUGUUGUAUCUAUAGACAUAUCAUACAUGAUACCCCUUGAACAUUCA